AUGACCUCUGUGUUCCAGCCCAACAUUGGUCGUCUGGGGAUCCCCCAUGGACCCUCGGCUGAGAAGGUGGCUGUGGUUGCUGUGGACGACUGUGACAUCGCCAUGGCAGUUCGCUUUGGCAACCAGAUCGGCAAUUACUCCUGUGCUGCCCAGGGCACCCAGACCGGACAGAAAAAGUGAGUGUGUCUCUCUGUUUCUCUCUCUCUGUUUUUCGUUCACUCUCUUCUCUCUUUCUCUGUCUCCCUCUCCCCCUCUGUCUUCAAGUUCUUUCCACUACCUUUAGUGAGACUAAUACGUGUUAGACUAAUAGGAGUCAGUGUUGUAACUGCAGGACUGAUGUUCAAUCACCUUCAUUACACCAGAUUACCUUGCCUUUCUCUCUCUUAAUCUCUCAGGAUUGACAUGCUCUCAAUUGUCAGACAAAUCUCUCAGACAUAGCCUCUUACACAGCCUAACAUGGCUUAACCUUUACAAUCCUAUCUCCCAGACGUUUACUACUGCAACUAAUUGUUUCUGUAUCUGAAACCAAGAGCCUUUUCAAAUUAGGGACGUUAGGCAAGGCAGCAAGCUAGAACACAUUUAGGAAAAGAAGAAAAACCCAUCAAAGGAACGGGGUAAUGAGGCUGCAUUCUUUUAGAACCAGUCGCUCCACUAUGAUAGGCUCAGAGCUGUUCUACAGUAAAUUAUGUGGCUCCGUUUGACUCUGAGGUCGACACUCGGGCUUUUAGGUUAGGUCUUUUACGAAAAGGAGUGAAAGUUACGACGCACACACUUCUAUCUGUUUACCUGUCUGUCGGUCAGACCUCACCCUAGCUGCUUUUCCUGAAGUGAGAGGCAACAAUCGUUAUAAAGGACCGGCCCAAAAUAGCGUACAUUGUGUGACACCCGUUCGACACAUACUUUGUGGGACACCACACAAGUUCAAGUUCAUGUGCCAUUUUUAGACCAUAUGACGUUGGACUUAUUCAAAUUGAUCAUAUGUUUUACAUUAUGCGUUGGUAUUGCGUCACAAUAAGUCACAUUAAACCCUGGCCGUUUGAUGUUUAGAAGUAUAGAGGCUUGUGUGUAAGCUAAGCGGCUUCUUUAGCCUGCUGUUUGCUGCCUGCUAAGUCUUCUGGGCUGCUGUAGUGUUAGAGGAUGAGGAAUGAAUCAAGCUAGCUAGCUGUGUAACAGUGGCUUUGUCCUUUCAGUCAACAAGAGAUGUGACAAAUAACCUUUUGAAGGGAAACCAUGCUACUCACACCACCAGUAGCCUGGAGUACCCUGUAGUCCCCUUUAGAACCCUUAAGAACCUUGGAGGAACACUUUGGAGUCUGUCACAGGCACUGUGCAGUGAAACGUUGGUCCUGUCAUUGCAUUCAUUUUUUAGAAAGGGAGUUCAAUAAAGUUUGUGGCUUUCAUUUUCACUUCAGUCCAUUACCCAUCAGUUGGCACUUUGUUCACUUUUGUUGGUGCAUCUUUAGCUCCUAAUCCUAUGGGGACUGGGGUGCCAUUUUGGAUCCAGAACCAUUAGAGGAACUCUCUGAGCUUCAAGUGCCAUUUUGGCUCCAUUCUGACCCAGUUUCCUUUACUCUCCCCUGCAGAUCAUUGGACCUGACAGGACCGCUGCUGCUAGGUGGUGUUCCCAACCUGCCCGAGGACUUCCCUGUGAGGAACAGAGACUUUGUGGGCUGCAUGAGGAACCUGAGCAUCGACAGCAAACCCACGGACAUGGCCAGCUUCAUCGCUAACAACGGAACCACUGCAGGUAACAACCUUUGUUUGUUCGGUCGUUGUUCGUAGUUUGUUUGUCCGUCCGUCUGUCCAUCUAUCCAUCCAGACCAUUCAUUAAUUCAUUCAUUCAUCCAUCUAUUAAUUAAUUCAUAGAUGCAUAUAUUAUUUUAAUUUUUACUCAGGUUAGCUGUGUUGUUUGUUUACUGCUACUGAUUGACAUCUAUUAUGACCCAUGUAGGUUGUCCCGCCAAGAGGAACUUCUGUACUAAGGAUUUGUGUCAGAACGGAGGAGUGUGUGUCAACAAGUGGAACACCUACAGC